UGCCCCGUCAACAAAGCAAUCCUUCACCAUCUGUAAAAGCAAGAAUGCCAUCGUUCAAGGUUUCCUUACUGGAUUAUGGCGCCGGUAACGUUAGAUCCGUCCGGAAUGCGAUUCUCGCCAACGGCUACGAGAUUGAAGACAUCACAGAUCCUGCACAGAUUGCACAGGCCAAGGCCAUCAUCUUCCCCGGGGUUGGUUCGUUCGGAUCCGCUAUGCGGGUUUUGCAGGAAAAGGGUUUCGAUGGACCACUGCGGACCUAUUUGUCCGCCCACGAUCGUCCUUUUUUGGGAAUUUGUCUAGGAAUGCAGACGCUUUUCGAAAGUUCGGACGAACACGAAGACGGCCGACCCGCCAUUCCGGGUUUGGGUGUUAUUCCUGGUAAGGUGAUCAAGUUUGAUUCAACCAAGAUCGCCGUUCCCCAUAUUGGCUGGAACGGACGCAUCGUGCAUCAGGAAUCGCCGGUGCUCCGGUAUGUAGCCGACGACGAAGACACGUAUUUUGUGCAUUCCUUUUACGCGCCCGUCAUCGAAGAGAAUAAGGAGUGGAUUUUGACAACUACCACGUACGGCGACCAACCAUUCGUCAGUGCCAUCCAGCGAGGAUCCGUCGUGGCGACGCAAUUUCAUCCGGAAAAGAGCGGAUCGACAGGGUUGAAGGUUCUGCAAGGAUUUCUGGAGGUUCGUAUUGCAGAGAGCCUGGACGCUGACAUUAAAACAGAGACAAAAUUGACGAAACGAGUUGUUGUGGCACUGGACGUUCGCAGCAAUGAUCAUGGCGAUUUGGUCGUCACCAAGGGAGAUCAAUACGACGUCCGUGAAAAUCACAAAGAGGGUGUUGUGGAGGGACGAGGCGGUGUUCGCAACCUGGGUAAGCCUGUUAGCUUGGCUCGUCGGUAUUAUCAAGAGGGUGCGGACGAGAUUGCCUUUCUGAACAUUACAAGCUUCCGCCAGGGUGUCAUCGAAGAUAUGCCCAUGUUGCAAGUUUUGGAAGAAGCCUCCAAGAACAUUUUCGUUCCCUUGACAGUUGGUGGAGGGAUCCGCAGCUACACGGAGCCCAUAUCAGGGCGAACUUGGUCCGCACUGGAGGUAGCAUCGCGCUAUUUUCGUGCCGGAGCCGAUAAGGUGAGUAUGGGCAGCGACGCGGUGCACGCCGCCGAGGCAUACGUUGCUUCGGGCGGGACGAAGACUGGAACAACCUCCAUUGAAAUGAUUUCUCGUGUGUAUGGAGUGCAGGCGGUUGUUGUCUCUAUCGAUCCUAAGCGAGUGUACAUAAAGUCAAAGGAGGAGGUAGAUUCAAAGCACGUCGUUGUUGAGUUGGGUGAUGACCAGUUGGGGCCGACCGGAGAGCGUUUGUGCUGGUAUCAAUGUACGGUAAAAGGAGGCCGGGAGGCCCGAAAUAUUUGUGCCGUAACGGUUUGCAAAGCGUGCGAAGCUCUUGGAGCGGGCGAAAUUAUGCUGAACUGCAUCGAUAUGGAUGGCCAAUGCAAUGGAUUUGACUUGUCAUUGAUGAGAGCUGUCUCCAGAGCGGUGUCGAUCCCCGUUAUUGCUAGCAGCGGUGCCGGAACGCCGGGGCACUUUACCGAUGUUUUCUCGAAAACAAACGUCCAAGCGGCUCUAGCAGCCGGUAUGUUCCAUCGUAGGGAGGUCGAAAUUGAAGAUGUCAAGGCAGCGAUGCAUGCCCACGGCACUGCAACCAGGAAAAGCUCGUAA